AUGCCAGCCGAGGGCCCCGCGGCCGCUGAUGCGGCCGCCGCGGCCGCGAACACGGCCGUCGCCGAGGUGGUCGCGGCUGCCAUGGCCGCCGCGGCAGCGGCCUCGCCGUUGCCGGCCCUCGAGAUGCGGCCCGAGGACGAGUCCGUGCCGUCCUGGGCUGAGUUCUACCACCAGCUGGCCAGCGAGCUCUCGACGUCCCGAGGCGGCGACCCCGAGUUGGUCACGCUGGCCAACUUCGACACGACUGCGCGGCUCCUCGUGGAGCGGGCCGCUGUGCAGAUCCUGCCGCCAGGAGGCACGGACGCCGAGGGUGCCGACGGCCCCCGGGUCCUGGAGUGCGUCGCCGUGCCCGCGGCGUGGAACCGCCUGCUGGGCGAGCAGGCGGUCGGCAGGCUGCGGCUGCAGCACCCGCCAGAGGAGCCGGAGGAGAUCGGCUCCCCCGCCUACCUGAGCGACAGCAGGAAGCGCGGGGCCGUUGUGCUCCUUUCUCGCAGGUCCAUCCGCCACAGCCCCCACGUGCAGAACUGGGCGCAGGCCGUGUCGGCCGCGGCGGAGGCAGGCGCCGUGGCCGCAGUCGUGUUCAACAACCUGGACAACACGGAGCCCUUCCGGAUGGGCCUUUUCGGCGAGAGCGUUCCGUCGAUCCCCGCGUUCAUGGUCGGCGCGGCCGACGGCGCCGCGCUCGGGGUGGCCGCCUCUCUCGGGUGCGACGUGGUGGUGGACGGGUCGGGGCUGCAGCACUCUGGGCCCACCGACGACGCGGGGGCGCCGCCCCCGUGGCCGCUGAUAGGGGGCAGGCUGCCCGUGGACAUUGCGCAGGCCUGGAGCCUGCUGGAGGUCCUGUCCGCCCACGAGCCGGGCGUGCACGGCGAGCUCGAGGCGCUCCUGGGGCGCAUGGGCGUACCCGAGAAGCGCGUGUGGCUGACGAGGCGGCUGGUGAGACACCACAGAGCCAAGCAGUCCCCGGACGGAGGCAUCACGGACCCGCCGCUGGCAUUUGUGGAAUGCGACAGGUCCCUGCCCCCGGCGGCGCAGCUCGCGGCCAUCCGCCAGCAGAUGUGCGAGGAGACCGGCCUGGGCUCCGCGGACAUCUGCGGCGAGUUCGAGGUGCGCUUCAAGGGCGAGCAGGGGGUCGGGAGCGCGGUGCAGCGUGAGUGGAUGGACACCAUCGCCCACGAGGCAUUUCUCCACCCGAGUCUCCGGCUGCUGCGGAGCCACGACGGCCGGCAGACUUUCUGGCCCGACGCGGCGGCGCCGUUCUGCAACCCGCAGUGGCAGCUUGACUUCGAGGCGCUCGGCCGCCUGGUCGGCCUGGCGCUGUGGCACAGCUGCACGCUGGACCUGCCGCUGCACCCGCGCGUGUGCGCCCUGCUCUUCGGCUUCGGCAGGCCCGCGGGCGCCGCUUCGCUCGCGGACGUCGACCCGGAGCUGCAGCGCUCAAAGGUGGAGUGGCUCCUGUCUCACAGCGUCGAGGAGCUUGGUAUUGACUUGCCCUUCUCCGAUCCGAUUGCCAACGACGAUGCGAGGGAAGACGCCGGGGCAGCUUGCUGCGGCAAGCCGGCGGACCGCCCGGAGCAAAAGGCAGAGCGGCUGCCUCCCUUCGUGCGGCGCUCCGACCGCCUUCCCGGCAGCGUGCGCUCGUGGCCGGGCGAGCCGCUGAAGCUGGCAGGCGCCUCCGAGGUGAUGUUACACGACGGCGACGAGGAGGAGAAGCUCGUCAGCGACGAGAACAAAGACCAGUUCGUGGAGGCCCUCGUCGACUGGCGGCUGUUCGGGUCCGUCGAGCCCCAGGCGGCGGCCAUGGCGCGGGGCCUUGCGGAGGUGGUGCCCGAGCCCGUUCUCGUCGAGUUGCGCGCGCUGUUGUCUCCCGUGGAGGUUGCCCAGCUGCUGAGCGGCCUGGGUGAGCUCAGCGUGGACGACUGGGAAAAGCACGCGGCCUACGCCAUGGACCUGACCCGCGAGAGCGAGGUCUGA